AUGUCGAGACUCGCAAGCAGUCCUCGGUCCUCCGAGCAGGCUAAUUCUCGCAAUGGCUCGCCAGAGACGAGACUCACUGCGUUUUCUCCAGAGCAUUCUCGUUCCCAGCAGUUUGCUCCCGCUUCUUCUGACUUGCCCCUUCGUACCUCUCUGAGACGCUCCAUCUUUCAGCAGGAAGCACAAAAUCCAUUUAUUACUGUUCCUCCUCCUGGCUUCUCUUCCGGUCGUAUUCAGCUUUCUCCCACUGCAUGCAGUUUCACUCCUGGCAGUUUCGACAGAAACGCAUUGUCUGGCCCCAUGUCUUCUCCUACCUUCAUCCAGGACCAGAAUCCUGCCAAUCUUGCUGAUCUAACUAAGACUUCUGUUCCUGAUACUCCUGGCCUUGUCAGUGCCUUCACUCCUCGUGGCUCUGUUGAUUUUGGUCCAAUUGGCGGUGCCAGAGUCUCUCCUCCUUCUUCUUCCAGCUCCAAAUACAUUCCCGGUCCCUAUGCCAUGUACUACCAACAAGGCCAUUUUGAUGCUGAGAACAGAAAUCGUGCAUUUGUCAUCGAAGGUGUCCCAGUGGACAUGCCUUACCAUGAUAUUGCUGCAAUCUUCAAUCACCGUGAAUUCAACACAGUCAAGGGACCCGUCCUCUCUGAGCUUGCUUCUCAUGGCAGAAUCUACGUUGGUUUCACGGACAUCUACGAAGCAAAGAUGGCCGCCGUCAAAGCAAAGUCCUUCUUCGCCAAUUGGCGUUUCCAUGCCUUGACUGCAAAGGAGUUCGCCCAAAAGUUUGAGCCUUCGCUUGCCCCAACCACCUCCGACUAUGAAGGACAAAUCUUCGCAACUGUCUAUUACAAUAGUGGUCCUGAGGAGACAGAUGGCCGUAUCAUCUCUCACUCUUUCAAGGCCUUGCUCUCCACCUACGGUGAAGUCAAAGCCUUCCACAGCAUUCCCACUGAUCACAACAACAUCGUCAAUUUCCAUGUUGAAUUCAGUGAUACUCGCGCUGCCGACAACGUCGUUUCUGGCCUCAAUGGCUCUUCUCUUCCUGAGUGCGUCAUCGAUGUCAAGUACUUCAAACCUGAUGUCACUUAUCAUGCACAUGCCCAUCACCCAGUUGAAGAGCCUGCUCCUCGCACUUCUCCAAUUAUCAUGAACGACCGCGCUAUUCCCAUGGCCCGUCGUCGAAGCUUUGCCUCCCCUAACCCUUACAUGGAGCUCAGCCCAACCGGGCCAUCUGAUGAGUGCCACAACUUCCGUUCUCGUCAUGGCUCUGGACGUAACCGCAACAGUACUCAUAACAACAUGAACCAGAACCAUGUUGACAUUGAACGCAUUCGUCUUGGCCUCGAUGUCCGCACUACAAUCAUGCUCCGCAAUAUCCCGAACAAAAUUGAUCAAGCUAUGCUUAAGGAUAUCGUGGAUGAGACUAGUCAUGGCAAAUACGACUUUAUGUAUCUUCGCAUUGAUUUUGCCAACAACUGCAACGUCGGCUAUGCAUUCAUCAAUUUUGAAGAUUUUGCCAAAGCCCGUGCUGGUCGUUCUUGGAACUGCUUCAACAGUGACAAAGUUGCUGAGAUUUCCUACGCCACCAUUCAAGGAAAAGACUGCCUUGUUCAAAAGUUCCGCAACAGCUCUGUUAUGCUCGAACAUCCCUCGUUCCGCCCAAAGAUCUUUCAUACUGGCAUUGGCCCAAUGGCUGGCACUGAAGACCACUUCCCUGGCCCUGACAACCCAUCCAAGAUGCGCCGCAGUGUUGAAAAUGCCGAGCAUGUCGGCUUGUUCGCUCCUAGAGUCGGUCAGCAAUACCGUGAUGAGCAACGUCGUCGUCGCUCUCAGUUCGACCGUGGCACUACCGCAGCCGAGCGUGAAUCUCACUGGACUCGUGACUGGCCAGCCCACUCUGAUCGCAUGGAACAGAUGAGUUCUAGCAUUAUGAGUCCUUGGUAUGAACCAGCCGGUGGCAGUCGCCAUCAUCACCAUCUCUCUGGAUAA